CGUUAAUUUUUGCCAAACCCUCUGCUGCUGCUUGCCAACUCCUUCUCCGACGGCUGAUUUAGUUGAAACUUGCUUCUGAAGUAUUGAACACCAGCCAAAAUGUCUCGGAAAGGAUUGAUGGAGCAGGAUCUAAGCAAAUUGGAUGUGGCAAAGCUACAUCCGCUUUCACCUGAAGUUAUUUCUCGUCAGGCAACAAUAAACAUUGGUACUAUUGGCCAUGUGGCUCAUGGGAAGUCAACAGUUGUAAAAGCUAUAUCUGGUGUGCAGACUGUUCGGUUUAAAAAUGAGUUAGAGCGUAAUAUUACAAUUAAGCUUGGAUAUGCAAAUGCUAAGAUAUACAAAUGUGAAGAAGAGCGCUGUCCUAGACCUGCGUGCUACAAGGCUUAUGGAAGUGGAAAAGAAGACAGUCCCGUGUGUGAUGUACCUGGUUUUGAGAACUGCAAAAUGAAAUUGCUGAGGCAUGUGUCUUUUGUUGAUUGCCCGGGUCAUGAUAUUCUAAUGGCUACUAUGCUUAAUGGAGCCGCAAUUAUGGAUGGCGCCUUACUUCUAAUUGCUGCCAAUGAGAGCUGCCCCCAACCUCAAACUUCUGAACAUUUAGCUGCUGUAGAAAUUAUGCGCCUCCAACAUAUAAUAAUUCUUCAAAAUAAGGUUGAUCUAGUUCAGGAAAACGUUGCUAUCAACCAGCAUGAGGCAAUUCAGAAAUUUAUUCAGGGAACUGUUGCAGAUGGUGCCCCAGUUGUACCAAUAUCUGCACAAUUAAAGUACAACAUCGAUGUCGUCUGUGAAUAUAUUGUGAAAAAAAUUCCCAUUCCUGAGAGGAAUUUCAUCUCACCACCAAAUAUGAUUGUUAUCCGGUCAUUUGAUGUUAAUAAACCUGGUUUUGAAGUUGAUGAUAUAAGAGGGGGUGUUGCUGGUGGCAGUAUUUUGAAGGGUGUACUGAAAGUUAAUCAACUUAUCGAGAUUCGUCCUGGAAUUGUUGUGAAAGAUGAGAGUGGCAACAUCAAAUGUACUCCAAUAUAUUCAAGAAUAGUAUCAUUGUUUGCCGAGCAAAAUGAACUACAAUUUGCCGUGCCUGGAGGCCUCAUUGGAGUUGGAACAACUAUGGAUCCAACACUGACACGUGCUGAUCGAUUGGUGGGACAGGUUCUUGGGGAGGUCGGGUCACUUCCUGAAAUUUACGUUGAACUAGAGGUGAAUUUCUUUUUGCUACGACGUCUUUUGGGUGUGAGGACAAAGGACUCAGAGAAACAGGGUAGAGUGUCAAAGUUGGCAAAGGGAGAAAUUCUCAUGUUAAAUAUAGGGUCUAUGUCAACUGGGGCUCGUGUUGUCGCUAUCAAGAAUGUUUUCGCGAAACUGCAAUUAACGUCCCCCGUAUGUACCAGCAAGGGGGAGAAAAUUGCUCUUAGCCGGAGAAUCGAGAAGCACUGGCGUCUUAUCGGUUGGGGUGAAAUCCAGGCUGGUAUUACUCUUGAUGUUCCAUCUUCCCCCUUGUGAGCAAAUUACAUAACUAGUCUCUCAGCAGCAGGAAAAACUAUUCAAACAAGAAGAGAAUUUGGAAUUCUGGAUACUCUUUAUGUUCUUACAUUUUUUGUCGUGUAUUUCAUUGUCCAAGUGGAUUGUAACUUGUAAUUCAUUAGUUUAGGUGGUUAUUAAAGUGAGUUCCAUUUCGAAGUACGGCAGAUCGGGUAGUUCCUACAAAGGAUCGGAUUAAUGAAGUAUAAUACUUGAAUUCUCAGUGCAGUUGCUACAUAGUUGGUUAGAAAAAUCAGCCAUUAAUAUAAUAAUACUUUUUUUUA